UUACAAAGCAAUUCUUGCGCAUUGCUACUCUGUGCUGCAAUCCGCCAGCUUCGAUAUAAUCAUACUAGAAUUUGUAUCGAUGCAUCCCGACCAGCCAUCAUGAAAAAUAGAUCAACUUGUCUUUUUACCAAGGCCGCCACAACUCGGAUUGCAUGUCCUGCGCGAGCCUCACGACCAGUACAUCUCAAGAAGAAUAUUCCAAUCAACCAGUCACGAUCGAUAUGCUCUGCCGGCGCCGUUCGAACUUCCCGCUUCAAUACUAUAGCUCCAGUGGUCCAGGUUACAAGAUCACAAAAGAGGGUAUGUCAUACCAACAUGUCCCAAUUUACAAUGUUCUAUGCUAACUUUACCAGCAAUUCCAUACUACCCCGCGCUCGCUCGCAACGAAAGACCCAUAUUCAGUCCUUGGUGUAGAUAAAAAUGCUUCAGCAGGUGAAAUCAAAAGGGCAUACUACGGAUUAGCGAAGAAAUACCAUCCAGACACGAAUAAAGACCCAUCAGCGAAGGACAAAUUUGCGGAAGCCCAGUCCUCAUAUGAACUCUUGACGGAUCCCCAGAAGAAGGCGGCAUGGGAUCAAUACGGCUCGGCAGCAUUUGAUCAAGGGGGUGCCGGACCAAGUCCUGGUCCUGGAGGUCCGGAUCCUUUCGCUGGAUUUGGUGGAGGUUUUGGAGGGUUCGGCGGUGCUGCUGGUGCUGGUACUUCUGGUGGAUUUGGUGGUGGGUUUAGCAGCUUCAAUUUUGAGGAUUUAUUCCCGGGCUUUUCGACAGGAGGAAGGGCUGGUCGUGGUGGGCCCCAGCAUGGAGAAGAUAUUACAGUACAAGUAUCAAUAUCCUUCAUGGACGCGGCAAAGGGCGUCAACAAAACGAUACGAAUCGAUCCAUUGGUUACAUGUAAAACCUGUACUGGGAGCGGAUUAAAGCCUGGAGUGAAGAAAACGGGAUGCAAGAGUUGUGGUGGUACUGGGACCCAAGUACAUUUCGUACAGGGGGGAUUCCAGAUGGCAUCGACAUGCAACGCCUGUGGAGGAGCAGGUUUGGUAACACCCCGAAAAGGACACUGCGGUGAUUGUAAUGGAGAAGGUGUUGUCAAGGAACGAAAAACAAUCACCGUAAAUAUUCCCGCAGGUAUUGCCGAUGGAACAUACGUACGACUCCAGCACGAGGGCGACGCCCCCCGGACCGCCGAUUCGAUCAACUCCGAUGCGCGAUCUAUUCCAGGCCAUCUGAACGUCUUGGUACAGGUAGCUACAGACCCAAAAUUUACUCGUUCUGGAUCGGAUGUUCAUUACACUGCUACCAUCCCACUCACCACCGCCAUCCUCGGAGGCGAAGUCACGAUCCCAACAUUAAAAGAACCCGUCAAAGUCAAAGUCGCAACCGGCACAUCCACAGGAAGCAAAAUAACUCUUUCUAGGAUGGGCAUGCAGGUGAUGGGUUCCAGAAGAGGGGCUAUGGGUGAUCUCAAAGUCGAGUUCACGGUUGCAAUGCCGAAGUAUCUUACAUCUAACCAGAGGACUAUUGCGGAGAUGUUGGCGGAUGAGCUUGGUGAUGAGUCGGCGAAGAGAAUCAUGAAUGUUCGACGGGAUGGGUAAGUUAACCCUUUUUUUUGAUGUGUUUGUGGAGACUUGAGAUUUUCCCAGUUUGUGGAUUUGGAAUCUUGUCUAACGUGGUUUCUUCUUGCUUUUGAACAGGACUGGGAAUGAGACGAAGCAGGAUGGCUUCUUGAAGAGUGUGUGGAAUAAAUUGGGGGGUCAUUCUGAUGCUGGGGGAGAGAAAUCGGAGGGAGAUAAGAAGUGA